UAAUUUCCUUUCAAUUGAGAUAAUGUCAAAAUUGACAUGGCGCUUACGAUCUAUUGUUUCUUACACGCACGGUUAGUUUAUAUUCGACUGUCUACAUUAUAAUAUUUAUUAUAACAGUCAUUGUAUACACGCCGUGCAAAACAGUCUUGUGUAAACUGAUAAAAAAUAUCAAGAUCUGCGAUACUAAACGACGAAAUUAAUGGUGAAUGGAAUAAAAACAUAGUUUACAUUGUGUACAAACCAUUAUGGCGAAACGAGUUUGCGUCAUUGGCGCUGGCGUAGCCGGUUUGGCUUCCGCAAGAUAUCUUAAAGAAGAAGGUAUUAAUUUUACAGUUUUAGAAUCGACUAGAUACGUCGGCGGUACCUGGAGAUAUGAUCCAAGGGUGGGCACCGACGAAAAUGGCUCCCCCUUACAUACAAGCAUGUACAGCAAUCUAAGAACUAAUUUACCCAAACCAACAAUGGAGAUGAGAGGCUUUCCAUUACCAGAUGGCAUCCCAUCGUUUCCGCCUUGGCACAUAUUUUACGAAUAUCUGCAGUCUUAUGCAAAGCAUUUCGAAUUAGAAAAGUACAUAAAGUUUUUACACAACGCUGUGUCAGUAAGGCGUGAAGACGAUGUAUGGAAAGUCAAAUAUCAAAAUGUAAAAACGGGCCAGCAAUUUAAUGAGGAGUUCGACUACGUUAUAGUUGCGAAUGGACAUUUUAGCAAACCGAAUAUGCCGAACAUACCUGGCGAAGACAUAUUUCAAGGAACAAUAAUUCACAGUCAUGACUACAAAACCCCGGAGCCGUAUCGCGGUCGCCGCGUGCUGGUGAUCGGCGCUGGACCCUCCGGCAUGGACAUCGGCAUGGACGUCACCCACGUGUGCUCCACCAUGUUCCACAGCCACCACUCACCUGUCAAUUUCAGGACGCAAUUCCCUCCGCAUUACGUAAAAAAGCCAGAUGUCAAAAUGUUCAAUGAAACUGGAGUUAUUUUCGUUGAUGGCACAUUUGAGGAGAUUGAUGACGUUAUUUAUUGCACAGGUUUCCAUUAUGAUUUCCCCUUCUUAGACGAGACCUGCGAAUUAAACUUGAAACCACACAGCGUGUCGCCCUUGUAUAAGUACAUGGUGAACAUACAUCAGCCAUCGAUGAUCAUGAUUGGACUGGUCGUGCGUGCUUGCUUGGUAGUUGCUCUAGACGCUCAGGCUCGUUACGCUACCGCUCUAAUAAAAGGCAACUUCACACUGCCGCCCCACGACGUGAUGAUGCAGGAGUGGCAGCGGCGCGCUGACGUGCUGCAAUCGAAAAGCCUCCCAAUGUCUCACAUACACUUCUUAGGAGAAAAAGAGGACGAAUACUACGCCGGCCUUUCUGAAGAGUCCGGAAUCGACCGGGUUCCGCCUGUCAUGUUUAAAAUCCGAACCACCGACACCGAUGCGAAGCUCGAAAACCUUUACACAUUCCGGGACUACGUAUACACGGUCAUAGAUGACCACACUUUCGUCAGAACUAUAGAAGACCCACCAUACAGUGACAACCGUUCUGUGUAUCCAUAGAUAAAGAUAAAUUCUGUAAACUGUUUCAUCUUAUCCAACUGUUAAUUCAUACGACCAAUUUGAAUAAAGAACCGCCACGCGCCACCUUUGGAACAAUCUCGAAGACUAACGAAUUAGAAUAAAGUUUGCGUAACAUCC